AUGCAAUUUUUAAGCACUGCAAAGCUGAAUUAAGAAACAGAAUCCAAUUCUAAAAUUACAACUUUAGAGAGUAAAAACUAUUUGUAACAUAGAUAAUAUCAAUAAACUUAUAUAUGAAUAGGAUGGAUUUAUUACUUAGAUUAAAAGUUUUGAAGAUAUUCAUAAAAUUCAAGAAUAAAUCAGCUUAUUAUAAAAUAGAAUAGAUGACUUUGAAAAUUGUGGAAAACUCAAAUCUUAUAAUCAAAAUACUUCUGAAUUAUCAAAUCAAAUAAAAUAACUAGAAUAAAGAAUGAUUGAAAUGGACAAUCAAAUUUUAAAUUCUAAAACCUAACCUAGACGUCCUGAAAUUCUAUAAAUAGAAAAUACAUUCAAAAAAAAUAAGAAUGCUGUUAAAAUGGAAAUUCAAUAAGAAUACAAAAAUAUUUAUAAAGUAUAUUUUUAUUAAAUCUAGGAAAUGAAUGGUUUAAGAUGCGAUUUAGAUUAUGUAAUCAACAGUUAAGUGAAGUAAAAAAUUACUAACAAAAUUAAAACUCAAAAUAUCAAUCUAGAAAAUAAUAAUAAAUUAUUAUUUAUAAAUUUAUUAGAAUUAGAAACUUUUAUUGAAGAGCUUGAUUUAUAUGAAAACUAAAAUACACAACGAUUUCUUGAAGAAUUAAUUAAUUGUGAUUCUGAAAAAGCUAAAUCUCUUAAUUAUCAAUUGGCAGGAACAAAAAGAAAAUAUUUAAGUGAAAUUAAAAAAAUUGAGCAUAAAUUUAAAAUACUUGCUGAUUUAGUACAACCUCAAUCCCCCUAAUAAAAAUAUACUGUCUAAUUAAAUUACCAAAUGAAUCAAAUAGUUUAGAGAUUGCAUAAAAAUAUUGAUAUGUUACUUUUAAAAAUUAGUGAAUAAUUACGAUGA